GAGUGACGCAAGAGCCAUCCUACAAUGCGGGGUAUUUUUCCCUAAUGAAGGUAUAUCGUACUGUACGGUAUGACAGGGAACGGAUCGAAAGCCGCAAGACUUUUUUUUCACUUUUCUACUUUUCUUAUUCAGGAAGCUCAGUGGGUCUACGGAAAAAUCGAAUCAGAAAAUUUCAUCGCCAGUGGACCCGAUGGCCGUAGUGCUAGCCAGAUGAGGCAAAGCGUCACUUUUGGAUCCAGAGGAUCUCCCACUAGCCCUACAGGAGUCCGGUAUUGUACGCGUAUUGUCGGCGGUCACCGCAUCGACUGGAGAAACAGCAUGACGCCACGUGAUGGUGGGAUGACGGCACCGAUGGCAGACGUUGAACUGUGGCAGUUGACAGAGACAAGAGACAUACAUUCUAGAAUACGUACCCCUGAGAGUGGCCAGCCUCAGCAUGAUCUAAUUUGUCCUAGGCAUGGCCUCAGGCAAACAAAGACCACCUGUGACGGUUAUGAGUCAUCUGCGCAGGCGGUCCUCUACAAGCACUACCAGGGUUUAGGCGAUGAUUGUUGAUGCAAAUCGGCUAGAAUAGUCGGCGUACAAAUAAAGAUCGCCUGACUUGGUUUGAUAUGUCAGAGGGCGCGAGACAUACUAUUCAUGUACUCGUAUGUAUUAAUGGCAUUAGAGCCCAGUGGUUUGAUGCCAUUUUGCAUGAUUGCUUAGCCGUGUGGUUCUAUCCUCCACCGCUAUCUUUAUACAAUGCGCUGUACAGAGUAUACCGAGUGUACAGAGGUGAGAUGCUGAGGUACCUUGAUGCCAUGCGUGUAUUGUAUGUACUCGUACACGUACAUUACCGUUACAUACGUUGCCGUGCCUGCUCCAUCGCCCCACUGCCAGUGACAGAUUCUUCUGUCUGGACCGUUGUCAACCG